UGCCUUCCGGCUAUGUUCAGUCGAGUCCGGCCAGUCCCGCCUUGCGCGCCCAUUUCGAGCCCAAGUUUAAAUCUCGGCUUAGCAGACUCUAGAAUCUGGCAGAUUUUCCAGGACUGGGUUCUUGGGCAGCGGCUAUGGGGGCAGGAAUGGCGCAGUUGGAGGGUUACUACUUCUCGGCUGCUCUGAGCUGUACCUUUUUAGUGUCCUGUCUCCUCUUCUCCGCCUUCAGCCGGGCGCUCCGAGAGCCCUACAUGGACGAGAUCUUUCACCUGCCGCAGGCGCAGCGCUACUGUGAGGGCCACUUCUCCCUCUCGCAGUGGGACCCCAUGAUUACCACGUUGCCUGGCUUAUACCUGCUCUCAGUGGGAGUGGUCAAACCUGCCGGCUGGAUCUUUGGAUGGUCGGAACACGUUGUCUGCUCCAUCGGAAUGCUCAGAUUUGUGAAUCUUCUUUUCAGUGUUGGCAACUUCUAUUUACUGUAUUUGCUUUUUCGCAAGGUACAACCCAGACACAAGGCUGGCUCAAGUAUACAGAGGAUCUUGUCAACAUUAACCUUAGCAGUAUUUCCUACACUCUAUUUUUUUAACUUCCUUUAUUACACAGAAGCAGGAUCCAUGUUUUUUACUCUUUUUGCCUAUUUGAUGUGUCUUUAUGGAAAUCAUAAAACAUCAGCCCUGCUUGGAUUUUGUGGCUUCAUGUUUCGUCAAACAAAUAUUGUCUGGGCAGUGUUCUGCGCAGGAAACAUCAUUGCACAAAAGUUAACUGAAGCUUGGAAAACUGAGCUACAAAAGAAGAAGGAAGAGAGGCUUCCUCUUAUUAAAGGACCAUUUUCAGAAUUCAGGAAAAUUCUUCAGUUUCUUUUGAUUUAUUCCAUGUCUUUUAAGAACUUGAGUAUGCUUUUCCUUUUGACCUGGCCAUACAUCCUUCUAAUGUUUCUGUUCUGUGUUUUUGUUGUAGUUAAUGGGGGGAUUGUCGUUGGCGAUCGGAGCAGCCACGAAGCCUGUCUCCAUUUUCCUCAGCUAUUCUACUUUUUCUCUUUCACUCUGUUUUUUUCCUUUCCUCAUCUGCUGUCUCCUAGCAAAAUGAAAGCUUUUCUUUGCUUAGUUUGGAAACGUAGAAUUCAGUUUUUUCUGCUUACUUCAGUCUCUAUAUUUUUAGUUUGGAAAUUCACUUAUGCUCAUAAGUACUUAUUAGCAGAUAAUAGACAUUAUACAUUCUAUGUGUGGAAAAGAGUUUUUCAAAGAUAUGAAAUUAUGAAAUAUUUGUUAGUUCCAUUCUAUAUAUUUGCUGGUUGGAGUAUAGCUGACUCAUUGAAAUCAAAGUCAGUUUUCUGGAACUUAAUGUUUUUCAUAUGCUUAUUUACUGUUACAGUACCUCAGAAACUGCUAGAAUUUCGUUACUUUAUUUUACCUUAUGUUAUUUAUAGGCUUAACAUACCUCUGCCACCCAUAUCUAGACUUGUUUGUGAACUGGGUUGCUAUGCAGUUGUUAAUUUCCUAACAUUUUAUAUCUUUCUGAACAAGACUUUUCAGUGGCCAAAUAGCCAGGAGACUCAGAGGUUUAUGUGGUAAUAUCACAGAUGUCUUGAACUCUGAAGACAGAUUUAGUAUUUGACAUUUCUGCAGGAGCAGCUGAGCAGAUACAAAUUGUGGACUUUCUUUUAGGCACAGUGGUGAUCCUCCGAUCAAUCAGAUUUUUUUAUUUUUAAGAAUUGGAUAUAUGUGUUUUAAACAUAUAUAACAAAUCCAAGGGAGUGAAGUGGUAAAGAACUUAGAAAACUUUAAGACUUGCUUCAUAAACCAGACUAAUGGAAAAUAAAAUUGUUUACAGUUAUCUCAGGAUAUCUCUGGUACUGCUGGCCACUCAAAAGCCUGGAAAUGUUUUAUAGAUGCAAGUGUAAGAAAACAGGGCAUGUAUUAUACCUGCAUUUUGCCAUGUAUAAUGCACACUUUUUUGUCUCAAGUUUUUUAGGGAAAAAUAAGGAUGCGCAUUAUCCAUGGGUAUAAUGAUUACAUACCAUGGGUAUGAUAAUCCUGUGUGUAAUGUGCAAAAAAAUAAGGAUGCGCAUUCACAGGAGUGCAUUAUACGCGGCAAAAUACAGUAAUACUGGAACUUAUGUAUUCUCUUCAGAAAACAGUAAACAAUAUUUAAAAUAUAUUUACAAAUGACCAGUUAAUAUUCUUGAUUGAAAAGAUGCUUAACAUUUCCGUAAUAUAAUUUUAACCAUAAGGCAAAAUGGACUCACAUCAAUAGUUAAUAUCAGAAAUUUGAGGCUCAUCUAUGUCCACCUAGGAUUUAAAUUAUUGGAUUUUGAUAAUGGCAAAGCCCUUUCAUGAAUUCCUAAUGUGAAAUAUGCAAUGGCCAGAGAUAAACUGUGUUGAUGAUAAUGACUUUCAAAAGAGAUUUUUUU